GUGUGGAGAGAGCGCGCUGCCUCUGUCUGAAGCACGAGGCGUUAGGUUGAGGCUGAGCUCGCUGUGAGGCUUGUGAAGCUUGUGAAGUGAAUAAACGCGGGUGUUUGGAGCGCGGUUUAAGAGUAGUGUCCGUUUUUUCAGGAGAACUGAGAGCAGUGUCACGUGUUCGACGAGGCAGUUUCCCGCCAUCAUGGUGAUAGUGCGGCGUUUGCUGGGCCUCAGUGCCGAUGCAGGCUCUGAGGACAUUCGCGCCUUCUUCCACGGCCUACACAUUCUUGAGGGUGGAGUUCACAUCAUUGGUGGCAAGAGAGGAGAGGCUUUUAUUAUUUUUACCACAGAGGAAGAUGGACAGCUGGCCAUGGAGCGCUCUGGGGAGAUUCUCAAGGGAUCAUCGGUAACCCUUGAGGUUAGCAGCAUAGCUGACUUGAAACAUAAAAUUGAGUUACGCUUAAAAAAGCAAAGAAGCUCAGGAGUGGAAAACAAGAAGUCUGAUGCAGAGAGGAAGAAGGAAAAAAUGGAGAAAGAGGCGGAGGAGAAGAAGAAAGCAGAGUAUAAAAGAAGAAAGCUGGAGUUGGAAAAGAAGGCAUUGGAUCCAAGGCCAGCACCAGAACCGCAGCCAUCAAAGUCACCAACAGACUUGGGCACAGCUCUACUACUGGGCCUAGUGGCUGCUAUUCAAGGAUUACAGUCAAACCAUAACAACAACAUCAUUAUCAACAACAGUAGCAGCAGCAGCAACAACAACCAAGAAAGCCAAGCCCAGUCUCUGCCAGUCAGUUCUCACCCAUUACCUGCUUUACCUGAGCCAUACCAUUCUAAAAACCAUACAAAUCAAAGAACAGACCAUCAUACGUACAACAACAAUAAAAAGAAAAACUACAACCACAGCUACAAACUGCAGGAAAGCAUUCCACAGCCAGUGAGAAAAGUGCAUAUUGAAGAAGAAAAAGAAGCAACAGCAGCAGCACCUGAGAGAGGUAAGGCCAAGACCAACUGCAACGAGCCUGGAUAUCUUCGUCUUUAUGGGCUUCCCAACAACGUGACCCUACAAGAUGUCCGCACUUUCCUCCAAGGCCUCUCUGUGCUGGAUUUCAUACCAAAUGUCUUCCUAGGCCGCGACCAGUGCUGCCUAAUAAAGGUGGCUACUUUGAAACAAGCUGAAGAGGGCCUAAAGUACAGCCACAUGAGCUACAUGGACUCCUAUGUGGAGGUAAGAACGGCCUAUGAAAGGAUGUGGAGCUACGCUUUAGAGCUGGAUGAUGAACAUGGCCCCUGUUCCACCACAUCCUCAGAACUGGACCACCGCCUCUCUCCAGACAGACAUUCGUCCUGGACGCCGCCACUUAAGCGACGUUCAGAAGACAGGUCGCUUUCAGGAUCUCCAAAGCGGCAGCGCUUUGACUCUCAGCCCCCUGGACAAGUGCACUGCGUUAUGGUAAGGAACCUUUCUCCAAAAACUACCAAAACCGAGAUAAAGGAGCUAUUUGGCUGUGUUCACAUCCCAAACAAGAAGAUCAUCCAUCUGCAAAACUGCUGGGGACAGCGAACGUCCACAGCUUUCAUCAUGUUUACGCACCCAGAGGAUUACGCCGCAGCCAUGAACAUGGAUGGUACACAUUAUGGCUCAAAAGUGCUAGAUGUAUCAUCCAUCACAAUGGAAAAAAUGAGGGACAUAAUGUACAAAGAAAGACAUAAAAAGGCUCAGAGACCAGCGUAUCACAGAGAACAAGACUGGUCUGAGCGUACCUGUAUCUAUGCUCGGAACUUCCCAGCUGAUGUUCGGAGAGGGGAGGUGAGAGACUUUUUCUGUCUGUACCAGAUUGACGAAAAAGAUGUUACACUCCUCAAGGAUGAGAAGGGAAACAGUAUCGGGGAGGCGGUAAUCAAGUUCAUGUCUGAAGAGGCUGCCAAAGAAGCUUGCAGUCUGCAUGGAAACAUCUUUUUGGGACAAAAAAUUAUGCUUACCUGUGUUUCACCACAGCAGAUGAAGACUAUUCUGCAGGAACCACAUUAAACCAAGAGCUCUGAGAACAUUCCAAGGAGAAGGACUGUCAAAAUGUGCCUGGACGAAUAAACUGUCAACUGUACAUAUAAAAGACUUGCAAGUACUACAGCACUUGUCUUAAAGUGUUAAACUAUUUACAUUUAAAUGUAAAUGCACAUUUGCAUGAGAAACACAGUCGUACAGUCUUAAUUCAAAAGCCUGGUGUUUUUCCUUGCCCAAAUUAACAGUGGUCACUAUAAAGGUUUUGAUUUCACAACUGUGUUUCUCCUGUCUAAAACAUGUUACAUGUUUAAUGUUCUAAAAAAAGUUUUUUUAUUAGUAAUGUGUAAUAAAAAUGUGAAAUGCGCAUUGAGAUGCAAUCAAGUGGAAUUAUUUUCAUGGUUGCAGUGUGUGUGCACACACUCAUGCCAAAUGGUAUGGCUGUGUCUGAAACUGGAAAUUGCUUAGUUGACUUUAUAACCUGCCAGCUCAAUACUAGAUAUUAGUGUUUACUGUCAUUAGUAUUUUCACCUAAUAAAAAAAGUACAUUGAUUACCAAACUAUAAAUUCAGAUGUUAUUGAGUGCCUUACUGCAUCUGAAUCCUAUCCAUGUUUAAGUUUCAGAUACAGCCUUUAAAUAAUUCCACAUCUGUAUGUUUGCUCAUCAAAAACGAGGUAUAUGAGAAAACAGCUGCCAAAUCUUCAUGUGUGGACAGAUACUGACGUUUUGUUUGUGUUGGUCUGGACUAUUCCAGGACAUAUUGUUGUUGCCUAAAGACAAACUUGUUUUCUAGUAUAGUCGUUUGUACUAGAAACUUUACAAAAGAAGAAAAAUAACAUUGAUUUAUGGAAGACAGUAUAAAAUGUACUGUAAAAAUAACUGCAUUUUGGAGCAUUCCUUAUGAUUUAGUUUUCACACAUUAUAAAUUACAACUGGAGAGACAUGUUUUUAUUUAGUCAGCAACAAAAUAUGUUUGUAAAGUGUUGAGAUGGAUGUAAAGAUUCUAAAGUGACUUGUUAGUACAAGUAGUAGUAAUUUCUACACUCAAGCAAAAAUGUUCUAUAUAGCACUAAACUACACAUAAUACGCAUUGAUGCUGGAUGCCAAAUGCCCUACGCUUGUGUUACUGUUUUUCUGCUAUGAACACACCUGAUCCAACUUAUUAGCUCAUUAACAGCCCGUUUUAGACUGAAGGAUGCGUGUUAAAGCAUUAAAACAUGCAGGGCAGUUUUAUAUAGAACCAUUUUGGUUGUUACUGAGUCAAACUUCCUUUAACAGGGCUCUCACUUUUUAGUUAAGCAUUUUCCAGGACAUACAGCAGUUUAAGACAAGGUAGAUUUGUUUGUUUUUUUGACAAGUGUAACAUAACACUAAAAUAAAGGUUAUUUAAAAGUUAGGUGAGCUUAUCUGAACUUUAAAUCCUGCUUUAAAGUGAUGGAUUUUGUUCUUGCUGGAAGUCAGGGAAAAGUUAAUAUAACUGAAUCUCAGUGUACAUUCUACACAUAGUUUAUGUACAGAUAACAAAGGGGUCAUUUGGAAUCUUAAGUAAUGAUUUUGAAGAUAUAUAUUUUGAUUCCAGUCAUAAAUAAAUGUGUUCAUGUCACACACCUUUGUCUUAAAAGCUCCUGUUUCACUUCCUGUUAUGUCAAACAUAUGAGCGAAAUUAACCACAGCGUUGGCUUAUUUGCAUUACAAGAACCAAACAGACUGAGGGUGAGAUUAAGAGUUUGAGGUGAUCUUUAUUGUUUUAAUUAAAAUGUUUAACUUCACACAGCAUGUUCUGACUCUGUUCCAGUGUAAAGUCAAGACAACAGAAGAUUACAGUUUAAAGAGUUUAUUGGGAUUGCUGUAGAAAAUGUAUUGAACACCAAACAAAUACACUGUAACCUCUAAGGAUUAAUUAAACUCUGUCUUGCAACAACACCCUGAUUGAAUGGUAUUUUGUCCAGAAAAGUAACCAGAAAAGCUUAAUUCAGAAAGGGGUAGCAGUAAAUUUGGUCCUAAAAAUUAUAAAACAAAUUAAAACAUUUGUACUAAAAAGUAGAAAGAGGAAGAUCAGCUGUAGGGGUGAGGAGGGGGGUACAUGCAGGAAUUGACAAACAGGUGGGAUGUCACUGAAGCUGCUUAGUUGUAGUAUCUUGAAGAGCCUGCAGAGGGAACAGAAAAGAGCACAUUUAAAAAAAUGGCAGGAUAUAUACACAACAGUGGAUUAAAAACACAGAACACCCUGUUUUACACUUCAAACAUGUCCUAUUUGAGGUAGCGUGAAAGACAUUAAAAAGGAAUACUUUUAGCUGGUCCUGAAUUCCUUAAUUUUUUUACAUUUAUCAACUUUUUACUUUUGUUCAAUUACCAAGUGAUAUAACUAACUGUACAUGCCAUUGACUGUACGUUGGAUGUGUGAGAGAUAUGGCACUGUUUCAUAAGUAGUAUUUCCUUGUACAUCUGUUCUGAACAAAUAAAGGCUGCUAACAUUCUG